UCCUUGACAAUAUACGAAACAAAAGCCUUACUACUGAUACGUAAUACCGUGACCUCGUAAAGAAGCUAUUGUUUUACUCUACCUGGUAGGGAUAUAUACCGCCAUGUUUUCCAAGAAAGUUGUGUACGGAUCGGCCGUAGUAUUAGCGUUUGGAACGCUAUUGAACACAAUAGGACGUUUCAGUCCAUGGAUGUUUACUGUAAAAGGACCCAAUGUUUACAAUGAUGCUAAGAACAAAGUGAUACACGGUACCAUCAACUUUGGCUGGUUCUACCUCCAGGCGUGUGACUCUCGGCGAUGUUACACACAGUCCAUGAUAGAACGGUACGGAGACCACAAUACCCACGCCAAUACCACAAUCUCUGUCUUCUCGGAGACCUGGCUAGCGAGACGAAUUGGGGAACAGACAAUUGAGGUGUUUGCAUUGUUAUUUAACGUAGCAGGACUAGCGGGGACUGGUUUCCUUAUUUAUACAUGGAAGUCACAAACCAGACUGCGGUACGUGGUUACAUUGCUGUCCGCCACCGUCCUCCUCAUAUCUGCUGCUAUGGAAUGGGCUAACCUUGGAGAGGUACUGGCAGAAAUGGGAAGCAUUGUUCGUUACAACGACCCUAAGAUACAGCUAUUUACGCCAUCUUCGCUCGUGCUAUCCGGUCUUGGGUCCACGUGCAUGUUUGCAGUCAGUGUGUUGUAUUACUUAGCUGUUAUGAUGAUGAUAUAUCAACACAGCGACAUAACAAAUACAACAGGCGUAGAAAAUCGGAGUCAAGAUGCUAACGCCGGAAAUGACGUCACGCCUGCGCAAACUCAAAGUCAUAUCGAAAGUUUGGAGGUACAAGUCAACACGGAUCAAACCAGCGUAUAACGGCUUUUGCAGUUUUACUCUUAUCAUAGCUUGUGUAAAUAUCUCAUUUGAUAUCAUUUGGAAUUAUAAUUUUUAAUGCAUGCUAUUAGGGGAUGGAAUCAAAUUUAGUACCAUCGAUACAAUAUAUACAAUAUACACGUGUAUCUUAAUAUUUAUUCAUUCACUACCAUCUUCAAAAUUUUCACAUGAACAACAUGUACAUUUUAGAAUUAAAAUAAGCUGCAUGAUGUUUUGUGUGUUUAAUUUACAUAUGUCGUCACCACAAACAUGUCAAUUACAAUAUGUCCCGGAAAAGGAUUUUAGUAAGGUAAGUUAAACAAUAUUUUAUUCAAAUAGACUUAAACAUUUUUGUUGUGUCGAUUGAAUUAUCAGAAUUCACUCAGUGCUAUUAAUUUAUUCGUGUAAUUAAAUAUGUAUCAAUAAAUUAAGGUUAAAAUAUUAAAAAUUCAUGAAAACGUAGGAUUUUUUUUUUUUUACAUAUGCACGUGGUGUUGAUGACAUUAUCAUACAACAUAGUUAAGACAAAGUAAUAAAAGACGGUGACAAUAAAAUGUCUGACUGGAUUAUGAAAUAAUGUAGUUCCAUAAAAAAUGCGCAUGUGUCUCAUUUUCAUUCUAGAGGUUAAUAUUGCUCACGAAAUAUAAUUACCUCCAUAAUUGAGUGUCAUGUCUGUAACCUAAGCCAAUGUAUUACUGCCUUAACCUCCAAAGAUGAAGUUGUAUUCAGAAUACAAAUAAAUGUCAUUGUUGAAUU